AAACGCCUGCAUCCCACGCACACACAAAGCACGCAGGCUGACACCCCUACACACAGACGCUGCCUUUCAAACGACUGUCACACACACCCCAACAGUUUACAACACUGUUACAGAAGCGUGAGCACACACACACACACACACGCACACCCCUUCCUUCCACCGCCCACUCCCACCAGGACCCCAGCAUUAGAGCCACUGCAGAGCCUGCCAGCUGCAGGCCCCGCCAUCCCUCCCUGUCUUCUGGGUUUUUCCAGCUGGAGCUUCACCGCCUCUACUGCAAUCUCAGGAAACUGUCUGACGCGGCUGCUCCUGCAUGUUAUUUAUUUAUUUCCUCUUUUCCUCCCGCUGAGACCCUCCUGGUGGACGGAGCUGCAGUCCUGGGAAUGGACACAGACAGGCAGUCGCAGGGACACGCGGGAGCAGAGAGGACGGAGAGGGGGAGCACUCAGAAGCCCCUCGCCCCAUUCACCCCUGGAGGGGCCAUGAGCACCAGGCAGGAGGCCAGGAGGGAGGAGGGAGACACCAGGAGGAGGGGACGGGAGGCAGAGCCCCGGCACCCAGCCCACCUGAGCCAGCAGCGCCGGCUCAAACAGGCCACCCGGUUCCUGCACAAGGACUCGGCCGACCUGCUGCCCCUGGACAGCCUCAAGAGGCUCGGCACCUCCAAGGACUUGCAGCCACACAGUGUGAUCCAAAGGCGCCUGAUGGAAGGAAACCAGAAUCGGCUUCAGGGGGAGCCUCCCCUGGUGCAGACCCUGAUUUGUGGCCAGGAAGGCAGCACAAAGACCAGCAGGACAGAGAGUCCAGCGCCUGUCACCUGCAAGUGUCUGGACCUGGCUAGAGUAGCCGUGGACACAGGCACAUGGUACAAUCAAAUUCUAGGGUGCCUCAGCCGCCUGGGCUGAGUGCCAGGCAAGAGGGUCCUAAAAGCCCCGACUGGGGAUCUGGCACCUCGGCCUCGGGUGGAGCGGCUGCAGCGACAGCUAGGGCAGGAGACAGUGGCGUGCUCGGCGAGGGUGGUGGAUGUUGAGAGUCCUGAAUUCUGCCUCGGACUGCAGACUCUGCUUUGUCUCAAGUGCUGCAUCGACCUGGAACGUGGUGUCCUGCGGCUGAAAGCCUCAUUCCCAGAGCUGCCCUUCCUGCCUUUGUACCAAGAGCCUGGACAGUGACCGCUGGCCCAGCCAGUCCCCAGGGGGGAAAUACCUUGCCUUAGGGGAAUGGGCACUGCUAGAGCCAGGUCUCCGGGGACUACUGUAUCUGUCCCUUUUUAUCACCACCUUGACCCCGCUGUGCAAUCUCCUCCAUUUGGUCACAUGCCUCACUGCUCCUACAGCAGCUACUCCCCUAGGAGGAGUUUCCAUUAGAAAGGGCCCACGGCUCUAGGCUCCUGGCUUCCCUGUCCCUUCUCAUUUCUCUCCCAAGAAGAGCAAAGCCAGAUCAGGAUUGCAGAAAUGCCCAUGAUCUGAAUGGGCUCCCAAGCUUGGCCCCCACUGUGGCAGGAACUGCCAGAGUCACAGGCUCCAGGUGACCACUGUCCACCCCCAGCCCUCCAUCUCCACCCCAGACAUCACUCGGCUGCCCUGCCCCUCAUGCUUCUCACCUCACCUUCUGGGGCUCCCUAUCUCCCACAGCUGGACGGCCACACCUCCCCCUCCCGGGUCCCCCGCCUGGCCCACUGGGGCCUCGCUCUCAUCUGCUCACAGCUGAGUGAGGGAAGGAAUGGGAAACAGUAAUUCCAAUACAACAAGGAAGAACUCUCCACCUCGUCAGGCUUCUUCCCACUCUCAACCCUGGUCUUCUUGCCUUGAGCUUUUCCUGCUCCAGAUUCAGUGCUUCCCACCCCACUGCCAGGCUCUGAGCCAAAACCCAAGGGCAAGGAGGCACUUUUGACUUCACUAUGGAGAGAGGGACCCAAACCUCAAGAAGCCAGACUCCUGAGUGUCUUUCUGGGAGGUUUCAGUCUCUCAAAUCAUUGGAUUAAGGGCAGAGGAAGAUGGUGAUGUAACUAACAUGAGCCCCAGGCCUGGAGCUGGGACCCCUGGGCUGGAAACAAAAUCUUGAGCCAGGAGGAGAAGAACCAAGAGCUGCCGAAUGACAUCCGGUCUUCCUUUCUCAGCCGCCUCCUCUCAAAAGGAAAGGACGGGGGCCCGCUUACCACAUGUGUAAUAUUUUCCUGGUCUCCAAAUCCUAAAGGAUUCCCUCUCCCUCACUGCCUUGCUCCAUGACCUCUGCUUUCCUGGGACGCCCCCAGUCCCCUUCACUGGCUGCCUCCUGUUGCUUCUGUAAUUGCAGACCCUGGGUCCUCCGUGCAGCUGCUCCUCUAUUUGAAUAAACACUUGUUUCUCUAACCUGA